AUGCCUUCAAGUGUUUAUGUUAGAAGAAUUCAAGAACUCCUUGGGGAGAUAUGCGAGAUAUCACUUUUUCUGAUGCCCCCACAGGAAAUAUCCCUUCAUCCUUGUGACUGGCUGGAGGAAGACAUGAAGCAUUUGGUUUUGGAAAUUGAAGAAAUUAAGAGAAGACUCCUUCUGGAGACAGAAGAGAAAAGGAGUGAAAUUAACUUAAUGGCAGAGAGAAAGAAGGAACUUAUCUCUGCCUUAGGGGAGAUGGAGGAAGAAAAGGAAGGUAUUUGGAUAUCUGAGAGAAAUUUGCAUGUGAAGGCUUCUUUACUUCAGAAAGAACUCUUAGGAUUAUCUGUACGGUAUGAAGAACAAGUUAAGGAAUUUUCGGAAGUAGCAGAUGCCAUACGGAUAAAAAUGGAAGAACUAGAUGAAUAUAUACAGGAUACUGAUGCUUGCACUGAAAUACUUUCAGUUAAGGUUGUUAAAAAAACAACAAUUAUCGAAGGAAAAAGACUUCUUAGUAGGCUAGUACAAAGACAGGAUGAAAUAAAGGCAGAAACACAAAGGAAAAUAGAGAGUACUAAGGAGAUGCUUUUUAAGCUGGGAAUUAGCUUGAGUGAAUCUACGGGUGAGAAUCUGCUGGUGGAUCUAUCAAAUCUGGAGGAGCACUUGGAUUUAAUAUCCUGUGAGGUGCAGUCGUAUAAUUAUACUGUAAAUAAGAUAGAAAUAACUCCAGAAAAUAGCUCCAAUGGUACCCCCUUAAAAGAUGCAAAGAAUAUCCUUUCAGAAGGAAGGUGCAAAGUGCCUCAGGUGACAGUUAAUUUAAAGGGAAUUAAUGAAAUAUUUUCAGACCCUUCAGUGAUUAAUAAUCCCUUCAUGUGCAAAUAUAAGAUAAAAAUGAAAUCUGAAGAGAUUGAAAUAUUUUCAUCGUUGAAUGAUCUGUCAUUUUCAGCUGCAAAGAAGAUAGAAAUGAAGGUCAGCAGGAUAUCGCAGUCUGCCCAGGAGUUGUACGCUUUAUUGGAGAUGCGCCUGGGCUUCCUUUCAAAUAAAGUGGAAAUCUCAAAGACAGAAAUUCCCCAGGAUAUUUCCGUAAUAGAAAGAAUAUUUGUGCUGAAGAAGUGGAUUGAGCAGAUUGAGCAAGAGUAUAAGCAAAGGAUCCAUGAUAUUUUCACACAGAAAAAGGAAGAAUUCCAAGUGGUCAUAAAAAAGCUCCUGGAAAUAAAGAAGAAAGACACUCCACGGGUACUACACCCGGAUACAAUCACAGAUCUACGGUUCACACAGCAGGAGCAGAUUCUGAACUCUCUGGAGGAAGAAAUUGCAGCUGCAGAAAGUGAAUAUGAAAUACUCAGAAAUAUCCAGGCAUUUGCGCAAGAGAGAAGAGAACUUCUUUUGAAGAUGUCUGCCUUUGAGGAGCAAGCAAGUGAUCCACUCAGACUCUUCAGAAGUUCAUUCCAGUUGAACUCUGAGGAGAAGUUCCGGAAAAUGGCAGUCCCUACACUCCUGCGGGUUGAAAAGGAAAUAUUCGCCUUAGCAGAGCAAUAUGCAGAGAAGUUCUCUAAUAAGCCCAUUGUAAUCGAAGAGAAAGAGAUAAUUUCAGAACUAAAAGAUGAAAUAUCCAACCGAAUAAUCAACGCAAAUACAUUCAUGAAAGGAAGAACCACAAAAACAAACAGAUAA